GCCAACUUGGCAAAAACAAAAACGAUACAUCAACAUGUCAGAACACCGAGAAGGAAGCAAAAAACGCAAGCACUAUCGAGCAAGCUUGAGCAAAGAAGAUAAUGGACUGACGCUUCCAAAGAAGAAGUUCUUUCGCCAGCGAGCUCAUGCGAACCCAUUCUCUGAUCAUGCUCUGACAUAUCCUUCGGCUCCAGACCACAUGGACUGGUCGUUAUACUAUCCCGCAUAUCUAUCAGGCUCUACACAACCUUCAAUUGUGAAUGGCCCCAACAGUGAUCGUGCCCAAGGCACACCGCGCACAGCCGAAUCAACGAAAGUGACUAUUGCGGACAUCGGGUGUGGCUUUGGAGGCCUCCUCUUCGCGCUAUCUCCUCAGAUUCCAGAUUCACUCGUUCUUGGCCUCGAGAUCCGUACCUCAGUGACGGAAUAUGUCCAGGAGAAGAUCAAGGCACUACGUCUGCAGCAGGCAGAUUCCAAGGCAUAUCAGAAUGUCGCGUGCCUAAGAGCAAACACAAUGAAGUUUCUGCCUAACUUCUUCCAUAAGGGUCAGUUGGAAAAGAUCUUUCUGUGCUUCCCGGAUCCACAUUUCAAGGCUAGAAAGCACAAAGCACGCAUUGUUUCAUCGACACUGAAUUCGGAGUAUGCAUAUGUCAUGAAGCCAGGUGCUUGGGUCUACACAAUUACUGAUGUCAAGGACCUGCAUGAGUGGAUGGUAGAGCACUUUGAGAAACAUGCUAGCUUCGAAAGGGUCCGUGAGGAGGACCUGAAAGCUGACAAGUGUGUCGAGCUUAUGAUAAGGGAGACUGAGGAGGGCAAGAAAGUGGAGAGGAAUGAUGGCGAAAAGUUGGUGGCAUGCUUUCGAAGGCUCGAAGAUCCCCCUUGGCCCUGAGGCAUAUUGUACAUUGCAGGCUCAUUGGGCUCACCCUGUGCAACCAUGUACAGCCAAAUAUGCCAAGACAAAUGCAAAAUACGGGUAUAUGCCAAACGCCGAUACUUCUAUGACACAAAGCAACCAAGCACAGGUUUCGACCGAGACAUGUUCAUUCGUCGAUUCCAGCCCAUUCUUCCUCAUCGCUCUCCACUGCCAACUCAGCCCCGGAAGAUGAUGGCUUCUCCUGACCAGUGCCAUUCCAGUCUUGUAGUCUCUCGUCCUCCAAAGCCUCUUUCACACGUUCACGCACUGGUUUCGUCGGGCUCUUUGUGCCGAGUUCCUUCAGCGGCUCCAGCAUUGUAUUUAGUGGCAUGUGCCCUUGCCUUUCCUCAUCAACCCUGUCCAAUUCGUCAAU